AUAGAACAUGUCAUUAGGCUUUUUGCCAAUGGAAACCUACUUUUAAGUGACAUCGAUACUAGUGGCAAUGGUCGAGGCAACAAGACUCCCCUCAAUAUUAAUCCAUCCACAGGGAGGGAGAGCAGCAUCCCCUUGGCAUUUUCAGAUUCCAAUUGGGGUGCGCACAUCAGGUCUUACAUAAGGUCCAUCAAC